CACACACACACACAUACACAUUGUAAAUAAUGAAACGCAUAGCCUGUAAGACGACUCCAAAUCGGGAAGCAUCCUAUUGCCAGGGCAAUGCGCGCGACAUGAUGAUGGAAGCCAAAUCUUGGCUUUUCAGGAGAAAUAUUGGCGAACAGACGACAUGGCUGUGCACGCAGAAUGAAAUGAUUGCCAUUCAGAACAAACACAUUGACGAGCUGGGCAUCAAUAUAUCCAAUUAUAGGGAGCCCCAUUUCGAGGCAAUCGAACAGCCAGACCAGGAAGCAGCAAAUGCAAGAGAGGUAGCCGAAAGAAUACCAUCUGCGGCAAUCUUUGAACGUAUUAGCGCUCAAUGCCUGUACCAGGUCGUUAAGCUGAAUCUAGCAGCGAACCCCUUGGAUGAUGUGAUACGCAUUUUAUGGCCAGGCCUGAGGAGUCGUUCAUUUCGCGAGCGAUUGCACUGCCCUAAGCCAAACACAAAGAUCGUAAAGACGCAAAAGUUGGACAAACUGCUAAAUAGUCCACACGUUAAGCAGAUAACCAGCCGAGAGGUGUUCGCCAGAACAAAAGUUGCCAAUCAGCAUCGAGUGCCGCCCCAAAGUCGAGUUGUUAAGGGAAUACAUCGAGUGGCUCGCAAGCCAAACCAAUUGAAGCUCAACUGGCGCAGGAGAGACUCUCUGCCAGGUAGUUAUGCUGUGAUUAAACAAAAGUUUGAGUCCAUAAAAUGGCAAGUGCCAUGCACAGAGUCCACGCAAACGGUGCACUGGGUCAGUGUGGAGAAACAAGAAAUGCUCAGUCCGCAGCUGCCUCAAGUACAGCAAACUUCCACUGGCCAUCGCAUUGACUUUGAGCUGAUUGAGCUGGAAUCAAAAGAGCUGCUCCUCAGGGAAACUGUAAAGCCCGAGGCGCCUACAAUGACAAUUAACUGGAGCCGCUUGUGGAUCUAUGCCUUCUUCUUCUUUAUAUGCGCUGUGCUGCUCGUGUCGCCCAAUAUGAUCGAGUCUGUGACCGAGAGAUUGGACACACACCUCCAGAUGUCGAGCUAUCGACAUGGGAAUAGUAAUUGUCAGGCCUUCAGUUCUUCUUUAAUCAAUCAAUAUUCUAAAUUAGAACUGCAUUUCAUAUGA